AUGUCGAGGCAGGAUAAAGCAACAACCGAGCGAUUCACCAAGACCUUGAGAGAGCUCGUCAAGCAGCCCGAAAAUAAAGUAUGUGCCGACUGCAAGCGAAAUGAUCCCCGUUGGGCCUCCUGGAAUCUUGGCGUCUUCCUCUGUAUCCGAUGCUCAGGAAUUCAUCGCGGAAUGGGCACCCAUAUCAGCAAAGUCAAGUCCGUCGAUUUGGAUGUAUGGACGCCUGAACAGAUGGAGUCGAUUCAGAAAUGGGGCAAUCACCGUGCUAACUUAUACUGGGAAGCACACCUUAAGGCUGGACACAUACCACCUGAUCAGUAUGUUGAACAUACCCAUUUCUGCGCCUUACCCUUACCUGUGUUUGACCUCACCUCUUAG